AUGGCCACAAAUGAGGUGAAUCUUCCCCUGGCUCUUAUUCCUUCAGUCAUGCUGUUGUUAUUUCUAUUUCCUGAUGCAGAGCAGCUGGGGGUGCUAGAUUCUGUCCCAGGAGAAGUAAAGCCGGAUAAUAGCGACGGAGAAGUAGAAAAAGUUUUGGAAACAUUGCAGAGUUUACCUUCAACAAUCCCAUCAAGAAAGUGGCUGGUGAACCACGUGCUAGAACUCGGUUUCUCAAAGUCCUUAGCAGAGUGGAUAGGCAGCAACCUCAAGAAAUCUGGAGAUCAUGAAACGUGGGCUUUUAAUCUGGAGGGUGCCAUUCAGAUGUUCGAUUCAUACAGGGAGACAUCCUACUGGUCUUUGUUGGAGGAAAUCAAAAAAGCCACGGAAAUAGCAAUUGUACGUGCAGAGAAGAGCGAUCGAUGGGACCCGGACGUGAUAAAACGGCUCGAAAGACUUCCUAGUUUGGGAAGGGACCGAUCGAGAGGGAAGGUUUCGGUUCAUGUUCUUCCUAAUUCUGGCCACUGGGUUCAUGUGGACAAUCCGAAGGGACUUCUCGAGAUUGUGGCUCCAAAGUUCAUGUCCAUCUAGCCUUGCCC